AUGGCUGCUAUUUCGGCUAAGGGUGGGGCUGUGAGGGAUAGUGAAGAGGUGGAGGUGCUGGCUUGCCGUAAAGCUCUUUGCUAUAGAUGCAGGGUUUAUGGAGGUGAUUUUGGAAGAUCCUUUUCAGUCAAUUGUGUUAGGCGUAGUGCCAAUGGUGUUGCUCAUGCUUUGGCUAGAUUUGCUAGAUUAUCUGAUAAUGAAACUGUAUGGUUAGAGAAGAAUCCUCCACCAGCAGUUGAUGCUCUAGAUGCUUUUCCUCCUCUUGAUAAAGAUGCUGAGUAUCCUGAAUAUAGAUAUAAUAUUCAUAUGUGUGAUAAUUCUUAUCCAAAGACAGCCUCUUGGAAGGAGGAUACAGACUGCUGGUCAAUUCCAUCAUCACUCAGUAACUUCACACAAAUUACUUAUUUGGCUCUAGCAUCUAAUAGUUUCAGCGGUUUGCUUCCGUUGUCACUAUUCAACUUGCCCAAUCUCUCAACUUUAUACCUUCACAACAAUCAACUUGUUGGUCCCCUUCCUAAUCACAUAAGUGGGCUUUUGAAUCUAAAAGAUCUCUACUUAAGUUCAAAUUUCCUAAAUGGGACACUGCCAUCUUGGUUGUUCAGUUUGCCAUCUUUGGUGAAAUUAUAUAUUAAUGGUAAUCAAUUUAUUGGUGAGAUUGGUGAAUUCAAGUCCAAUUCAUUGGAGUAUCUUGAUUUGGGUUAUAAUAAGCUACAGGGCUCUAUACCUAGGUCAAUAUCUACAUUUGUUAACCUUACUUAUCUAUCUCUCUCAUCAAAUAAUUGGAGUAUUAUGUUGGAGUUAGAAAUGAUUUCAAAGCUCAAAAAUCUCUACUAUCUUGAUUUUUCAAAUAACUUAGUUAGCAUCAACAAUAAUGUCACCUAUACCCUGCCCAAUCUUUACACUUUGAACUUGUCUUCUUGCAACAUUAGUGAAUUCCCAAUUUUCUUGAGAACACCAACAAAUAUAGAAUUCUUAGACCUUUCUAAGAAUAGAAUUUAUGGUCAAGUUCCAAGAUGGUUGGGGCAUGUGGGGAGCGAUUCAUUAUAUUUUCUUGAUCUUCGCAACAACUUGUUUCAAGGACCAUUUCCCACUCUAAAUUUUCUUAGUAUACAAUAUUUGUUUGUCUCAAAUAACAAAUUCACUGGAGAAAUCCCUUCUUCAAUUUGCAACGCAAGUGCCCUUGACAUUCAAGACUUGUCUCAUAACAACUUAAGUGGCAUGAUUCCUAAGUGUUUGGUACACUCUAAUGUCCUCUCAAUGUUGGAUUUGCAAAUGAAUAUCCUUCAUGGUACCAUCCCUGCAACAUUUUCCACGAGAAAUAGAUUUAGGAAUAUUAACCUUAAUGGCAAUCAAUUGGAAGGGCCAUUGCCACAAUCUUUGGCAAAUUGUAGGAACUUGGAACUUGGAAGUUCUAGAUCUUGGAAGUAA